AUGGAGGACUGGUCGGUGCUGGAGGGAAACAUGUUCCCAUCCAAUCUGGUCCAGGCAACAUUUCAGCAGUAUCGAACAAGUAGCGAGUACAUUGUGAAAACCAAGCCAACGGUGAGCCAGGCCCAAUCAGAGUCCACGACGCGGCGAGCGCUCAUCUAUGGUAUCCAGGACGAUAAUGGGACUGACAUCCAGAACUUUGCCCUUGACCUGACUCCCCCCCCUGAUGUGCUCAUACGCAUACGAGAAGGAACAAGCGAUGGAAUGAAUGUCCUUGGAAUUGUUAUUUUUUCAGCAACCAUGGGUAUUAUGUUGGGAAGGAUGGGGCCAAAUGGCAGCGCCUUGGUGAACUUCUGCCUGAGCGUGAAUGAGGCCGUCCUUAGAAUUGUUGCCAUAGUUAUAUGGUACUUCCCGUUCGGCAUCGUGUUCCUGGUGGCCGGUAAGAUCCUGGAGAUGAGCGAUCCGUCGGCCAUGGGAAAAAAGCUGGGUUUCUAUGCCGUCACCGUGGUGUUUGGUCUGGUGUUGCACGGCUUGUUCAUCCUGCCUGCCAUGUACUUCUUCAUCACCAAAAAGAGCCCCAUCGUUUACAUACGGGGAAUCCUGCAAGCACUGCUCAUCGCACUGGCGACCUCUUCCAGCUCUGCCACAUUGCCUAUCACCUUCAAGUGCCUCUUAGAGAACAACCACAUUGACCGCCGCAUCAUCCGUUUCGUGCUCCCUGUGGGCGCCACUAUCAACAUGGACGGCACUGCUCUCUACGAGGCCGUGGCAGCAAUAUUCAUCGCACAAGUUAACAAUUAUGAGCUGGACUUUGGCCAGAUCAUCACCAUCAGUAUCACAGCCACAGCAGCCAGUAUUGGUGCCGCAGGGAUCCCACAAGCUGGACUGGUCACCAUGGUGAUAGUGCUAACAUCCGUUGGGUUGCCAACUGACGACAUCACUCUCAUCAUUGCAGUAGACUGGGCAUUAGACAGAUUCCGAACCAUGGUGAAUGUAAUGGGGGACGCUCUGGCCACAGGCAUCAUGGCACACAUCUGCAGGAAAGACUUCAUGAAAGAGGGGGAUGGGGUGCCUCUGAUCUGUGAGCCCAAGCCCGUGUUGAACGCCCCAACUAUGAUGAACUGUCACAACAACAACGGUAACUACCGGCCCCCUUCUUCAGGAGGCAAACACGAGCUCGUACAUUCUGACGUGGCCAGGCUGAUGCAGCUGGAGGAGGGCGUCCGGCCGCCUGCGGAGAGGAAGAAGCCUCCGAUUCCCCCGAGGCACCUGAAGAAGAUCAAAGAGCACUGCACCAUCGACAUUAACGGUCUUGAGACCAACGUAUAG